AACUCACUACUUCAUCCUUUCUCUCCAAAAUAACACAAAAUCUCUCCCAAUUUCUCUCCAAUUCCCCAAACACCACCAUGGCUUCCCCAACACUCAUAACUCCAACCUCCACACCCAAAUCUCUCCCACCCAUCAAAACCAAACCCACCACCAUCUCCGCCACCUUAUCACCACCAACCACCUCCACCACCCUACCCAACCGCCGCCGUGAAUUCCUCUCCACCACAGCCUCCAUCCUCACCACCACAUUUCUCGUUCACAUCACCCCUGCAUUCGCAGCUUCAGAUGAAGAAUACGUCAAAGAAACAGAAGAAGUCAUAAGCAAGCUGAGAACAACCAUAACAAUGGAUAAGAAUGACCCUAAUGUGGCAACUGCGGUUGCUGAACUUAGAGAGAAUUCAAACUCAUGGGUUGCUAAGUAUAGAAGGGAAAAGGCACUUCUUGCACGAACUUCUUUUAGGGAUAUGUACUCUGCGCUCAAUGCUGUUUCUGGGCAUUACAUUAGUUUUGGACCAACUGCUCCUAUUCCUGCAAAACGAAGGGCCAGGAUUUUGGAAGAAGUUGAAGUUGCUGAGAAAUCACUUAAAAGAGGAAGAUAAGAAAUUAAGAUAAAAUCACUUAUGUAACUACUGUAUUUGAGGAAAUGAAUUUUGGUUUUCAUUCCUAUGUUUCUGUUACUAGAUUCUUACUGUUUUUUUUUUUCUUUGUUGUUCAAUGUUUGGUUUUUGUAUUGUUGUAUGUAUCGAAAACUUUGAUUACAUUAAGAGGCUCACUUUUUCUGUUAAUAAAAGGAGAAGAUUAUGAAUAGUAAAGAUUGUGUUUUCUGUUUUGUUUA